AUGCUUUCUUAUCUAUCUAUCUCUCUCUCUCUCUCUCUCUCUCUCUCUCUAUCUAUCUCAUUCUGUUCGUAUCUAUCUCAAUCAUUUCAUAUCUAUCUAUCUAUCUAUCUAUCUAUUAUCUCAGUCGCUUCAUGUCUCGCUAUCUAUCUAUCUAUCUAUCUAUCUAUCUAUCUAUCACAUUCUGUAUGUUUGUGUGUGUAUAUAUAUGUCUCUCUCUCUCUCUCUCUCUCUCUCUAUCUAUCUAUCUAUCUAUCUAUCUAUCUGUUCGUAUCUAUCUCAAUCUUUUCAUAUCUAUCUAUCUAUCUAUCUAUCUAUCUAUCUAUCUAUCUAUCUAUCUAUCUCAGUCCUUCAUGUCUCUCGCCUAUCUAUCUAUCUAUCUAUCUAUCUAUCUAUCUAUUCUACAGACUCGCCUUCUUGUCUUGCUGCAUUAUUCCACUCUUCUCUCUCUCUCUCUCUCUCUCUCUCUAUCGUACUAUCUUUUUCGCUUUCUUCUCUGCUUUUGUCGAUCCCGCUCCUAGUUUUUACUUUUCUUUCUCAUCUGCUUCAUCCAUUACUCCUACUUUUUCUCCUCCCUCCAUUCUUCUCAUUAUUUAUUGUCUCGCCUUCUUCUUCUUCUUCUUCUUCUUCUUCUUCUUCUUCUUCUUCUUCUUCUUCUACCUCCUAUUUUUUUCAUAG